AUGGUAACACUAGUAUUCUGUCAAAUAACCGUUUGCUCUGUUGAUGGGUGUCGAGUUUCUGUGAAAAAUACAAUUCGUUAUUUGUUUGCGUCUCAGCAUUAAUUCCGUCGUUUGAAAAUGGUUUUACAUCAGUGUGUUUGUUGAGAAUAAGUGCAGUGUAGCAAAGCAAAUUUUCCUUUAAAAUUUGUAAACAAAUCCAAAAUGUCCGUUCCCAGUACUGGCUUGAGCAAACUGAAGAAGAAACAUAUUCGUGUAAAACAUCAAAAAGUGAAAUUAUUUCGAGCUAAUGAACCGUUAUUAUCAGUUUUUAUGUGGGGUGUCAAUCACACGAUAAAUGAGCUAAGUCAUGUUACAAUACCAGUCAUGUUACUUCCCGACGAUUUUAGAGCUUAUUCAAAGCUCAAAGUUGAUAAUCACCUAUUCAACAAAGAGAAUAUGCCAUCACAUUUUAAGGUGAAGGAAUAUUGCCCUUUGGUGUUUAGGAACCUUCGGGAGAGGUUCGGAAUUGAUGACAUCGACUACAAAGAGUCACUUACAAGAUCUCAACCGACUCCGGACGACUCGUCUGGCAAGUCUGGCGCGAAGUUCUAUCAAAGCUAUGACCGGCUUUUUAUUUUGAAGACUCUAACUUCUGAAGAAGUUGAAAGGAUGCACUCCUUCCUUAAACAUUACCAUCCCUACAUAGUUGAGAGGCACGGCAAAACGUUGCUGCCUCAGUACCUGGGCAUGUACCGGCUCACUGUGGACGGCAUAGAACACUACCUCGUAGCCACAAGAAACGUAUUCUCCAACCACCUCAACAUACACAAGAAAUACGACUUGAAGGGCUCGACAGUAGACCGUGAGGCGUCAGAGAAAGAACUGGAGAAGGAACUGCCGACCCUCAAGGACAAUGACUUCAUAAAACAGGGUGUUCGUAUAGAUAUUGGUGAUGCAGCAAAAGACAAACUCCUGGAAACUCUCACAGCUGACGUAGAGUUCCUCACCAAACUUCACUUGAUGGACUACUCGCUUCUAUUGGGCGUCCACGAGUGCGGGCGGGGGGAGGCGGAGGCGGAGGCGGCCAGACAACGAGAGGCGGAGAACGAGUCAGAUAACGGCGAUACGGAUACCGAUACUGAUACCGACAAUCGACACCACGGCGACAGAUGGGGCUUCAACACUCCGCCGGACAGCCCGCGCGGGUUCGCGCGCCAGUCCUCGCUGCGGUACCAGGGGAUCAUACCCGAGCUGGACAUAUACGCGAUACCGAGCCAGGAAGGUUCACCAAAAAAAGAAAUUUACUUCGUUGCUCUUAUCGACGUUCUAACGCAUUACGGCGUGAAGAAGCAGGCGGCGAAGGCGGCUAAAACUGUGAAGUACGGCAGUAAUGUCGACGGCAUAUCCACUUGCGAUCCAGAACAAUACGGCAAGAGGUUUAUAGAGUUCGUCGCUAAGGCUAUCGAGGGUAACUAAGACGAAAUAUACAUCAGGUGCUUCUAUUAACGAGCGAGCAUCUCUUUCUUUCAUUACUCAGUGUAACAGUGAGAUGACAUCUUACUUUCAAUUGAUUAUGUCCCCUACCAAAUAAAAAGACACAUUUCAUUUUAAAAAUAAUAGCAAUAUUUAUUAAGUGACUCUUCUUAAAUCAUUAAUUUUAUUUUGUGGUGUUUCUAUAUAAUUCAGCGCAUUGGUUUGCACGUAUUUAGUGUAUGCGUAUAGA